AUGGCCGGCAGUCAAGUGCACUUUAAACUAGUUGUUCUUGGAGAAUCGGCUGUGGGGAAGUCUAGUAUUGUCCUUAGGUUUGUAAAAUCUCAGUAUAAUGAAUAUCAAGAGGCUACCAUUGGAGUCGGCGACCCAUCUGUCGCUGUUAAAUUUGAAAUUUGGGACACAGCUGGUCAGGAGCGUUACCACAGUUUGGCUCCAAUGUACUACCGGGGUGCCCAAGCAGCCGUCGUCGUUUACGAUAUCACCAAUUCCGAAUCUUUUCAACGAGCUAAGGGUUGGGUUAGUGAGUUAAAUGAAAAGUCAACAGCCGUCAAGGUCAUCGCUUUAGCAGGAAAUAAAUCAGAUCUAUAUACACAGAGAGCCGUCCCUAUCGUGGAAGCUCAACAAUAUGCUAAUGGCUCUGGGCUUAUUUUUAUGGAGACCUCGGCAAAAACUGGGGCCAAUGUAAUCGACUUAUUUACUACAAUAGGCAUGUUUUACCCUACAUUUUUUACAAUUUUUAUGCUGAAAUUUGGCACCGUUAAUUUCUGUUUUAUUUCUAGCAACCCGACUUUCAAGAACGGAUAUUCCACAGACCGCAGGGACUCAACGUUUGCUAGAGGGGCCACCUUCAAACCUUACAGGAUCUAG